AGGUAUAAUCAUCAUGUCUGGAAGAGGUAAAGGCGGUAAAGGACUCGGGAAAGGAGGCGCUAAGCGUCACCGCAAAGUGUUGCGUGAUAACAUCCAGGGAAUCACCAAACCCGCCAUCCGUCGUCUCGCUCGCCGUGGCGGUGUCAAGCGUAUCUCCGGUCUGAUCUACGAGGAGACCCGCGGUGUGUUGAAGGUGUUUCUGGAGAACGUUAUCCGUGAUGCCGUCACCUACACUGAACACGCCAAGAGAAAGACCGUCACUGCCAUGGACGUUGUGUACGCGCUGAAACGACAGGGACGAACUCUGUACGGCUUCGGAGGAUAAACGAUUUGAUUCUCAUCAGACA